UUGGAUCGUUUUAAAGACUCAACAUAAUACAUUUUUUAUUCAGUCCAUGAUGAAAUUGAAGAAACAAUUUUUUUAUAUAUUCAUCACGUUAUUACAUAUUGUCAAACAGUAUUUUGUAUCAUCUGAAAGAAUAGCUGAAAAAAAAUGCAAGGAAUAUGCAGAGCAUGUUUAUGUAAAUGAGACAGUACCUGUGUUGAGAAUUGGAGCUGGUACAAAUAAUGUUUCAAAAUGUGCUAUUGUAGAAGUGCCUCUUAUUGUUGGUGGUGUUAAAGCAAAACCCAUGGAAUUUCCUCACAUGGCUGUAAUUGGAUAUGGUAAAGAAAUAUUUUGGCAAUGUGGUGGAACAUUAAUAUCUGAACAAUUUGUUUUAACUGCAGCUCACUGUCUUGACUCAAUGGAUAAGGGCCCAGCAAUAAAAGUUCGUUUUGGAUUAAUAAAUUUAAAACAACCUGGACCAACAAUGCAAGAAAGAAAUAUUAUCGAAAGAAUAAAACAUCCUGAUUAUAAAUUACCAUCAAAAUACAAUGACAUUGCAUUGAUUAAAUUUGAUAAACCAUUAGAAUUAAAUGCUGAAGUGAGACCAGCAUGUCUUGAAGUUAAUCAUUCACCACCUGGUAAACAAGCAAUUGCCAGUGGUUUUGGUAAAACUUCAUAUGAUUCAUCAGUAGGAAGUGACGAGUUGAUGAAGGUUACUCUCAAUCAUGUAGAAACAGAAUUAUGCAAAAAAAUUUUUUCAGUUGAAUCUGGAGGUGUACACUUGCCUCGAGGUAUCAUUCCAAGUAUGAUAUGUGCUGGAGUCAUAGAAGGAGGCAAAGACACCUGUCAAGGCGAUAGUGGAGGUCCACUUCAACGUGUUCUUACUAAUCCUUACUGCACUUACAGUGUCAUUGGUGUAACAUCAUUUGGUAAAUUUUGUGCAUUUAAAAAUUCACCAGCAAUUUACACAAGAGUCAGUUCAUAUCUUGAUUGGAUUGAAAAAAUUGUUUGGCCAAGUGGUUGAUUUAUAUUUGAUAAAUAUAUUUGUAUUUGCAUAAUAAUAAACUAAUAAAACAGAACAACAAAAAUUACUAACGUACUAUGUUUUUUCCCUCUACAAUAAUAAACGUAUUUACACAUAGACGAUGUUUACAUCAUUCAUAAUAAAACAUAAAAAUAAAAAAUAAAAACUUUACCCUUUAUAAUUGCUUUAUAAUUACAAUAAAUCAAUUGGAUAUUUAAAAAUAUUAUUUCAUAAACAUACGAUGAUUAAAUGAACAUUAAAAAAUAAUAUUUUUUAUAUUCAUAAUAAUUAUAAUGGAGGCACUUGUUAAUCGAAACAUUGACAAUAAGAUUUCUUUAACAAUAAUUAACUUAUUUUAAUGCCUGAUUUAAUUUUUGUCACGUGUGUUUAAUUAUAUUUCAUUUGUUAAAAAUAAUUGUAAUUAGUUGAACAUGUAUUGUUCACAUAAAAUUGUACAAUAAUUGAUAGGUACAUAAGUAUAUAUAUUAAACAAUAAUUAUAACUAAAAAUAAUUAAUAGAUAUAUAUAUAUUGUCGAAAAAAUUACUAUUUACAUUUUUUGAUUAAAAAUUUAUAAGCGUAAAUAUAAAUAUAUAUUAUAGUAAUAUUUAUAUAUAAAGUAAAAUAAAACGUCAAAGAUUAUUAUCAUAAAAUAAAUCAUCAGUCUUACGUUUCUCUCAAGAUAACUUUUUGCGAGCAACGUUUCGACUGUCGCUUUUAUUAAAAAUAUAAAGAAAAUAUAUAUAUCACUAAAUAAUGUUAGUCAUUAUUUUAAUAAGUAAUAAAAUAAUGUCUUGACUAAGUAAUUAUUAUUUUUCAUUUUGAUUGUUCAUGAAUAGUUUGAUAAUAAAAUUGUAAUAAAAAGAAAAAAUAUUAAGCGUUAUUAUAACGAUAUUAAAUUAAUUCCUAGCAAGGAUAAAAAUUGACAUUGUUGAAUUAUUUCAUUGACAGAAAGAUUAACAACAAUAUAAAUUUAUUUUUUUUCUGUUUUAUUAAUCAUGAUAACGCUUGUUGAUUUUUUUUUUUCUUCUUUGAUAAAUCAGUCGUCAGAUAUAUCUUUGUAUAAAUUGUAAAUUAAAAAACAAAUUGCUUGACAUGCAGUGAUGAUGAUAUUAUU